UUUAUGAUAUGAGAGCGCCUCUUUAGGAACUGAGGAAGCAAAGUUGAAGUACCAGAAGUCCCUAUAAAUUCAAUAUUCUCUCCCAAUCACCUUCACAUCUCCAGAGAGACAAUGCACCAAGCAGCAAACUCUUCUCUUCGACCUACAGGGACAAUGAUGGUGGUUGUUGCCCUCUGUAUCUUGUUCUUCUCUCAGUAUGCAGCUGUGCCGAUUGUUGUUCCAUAUGAAACCCAAUCCACUGAUAAUGCCACCGUCAGACAGAUCAUCGUUGACGUACACAACAGAUUCCGAGGGAAUGUGACUCCAACGGCAAUGAAUAUGCUGAAAAUGGCAUGGAGUGACGAGGCAGCAAAAACAGCUGAGAAAUGGGCAAAAACCUGCAACCAGUUCCAUAGCCCCCCGGCACUUCGCAGUUUUACUGAUUUCCAGUGCGGGGAAAAUCUCUUCAUGUCGUCCUAUUGCGCCUCUUGGGAGGAAGCCAUCACAGCUUGGUUUGAGGAGGAUGUGGAUUUUAUUUUUGGAGUAGGAGCCAAAACCCCCAAAGCUCUUGUAGGACAUUAUACCCAGGGGGCGUGGUACAACUCCCGGCUGGUUGCAUGCUAUAUGUAUGAAUGUCCUGAUGCCGAAUACAGAUAUUACUACGUUUGUCAAUACUGCCCAGCGGGAAAUAUUCAAGGAAAACAGAACACCCCAUAUAAAAAUGGUACGACAUGCGGAGACUGCCCAAAGUCAUGUGAAAACGGCCUCUGCACCAACUUCUGCCCAUAUCCCAUUAAAUUCGAUAACUGCCCGGAGUUAACUAAAACCUACUCAUGCAGUGCCUACCCAGAACUUCAGAACGUAUGCCCGGCCCACUGCCGCUGCACCAACAAUGAAAUUAUAUAAUUUCCCAUAGUAAAUAAAACAUAUUUGGUCGCCAA